CGGCGAGGUUUUUAGUUCUCUGAGCAGCAGAAUUAGCUGAUUCUCUGCACACAGAACAGAACAGCGCUUUGUCCCCAGGGAAAGAAGCUUUUUCAGACUUAACUAAGGAAUCAGCUAGCAUGUUUCAACAACCCCUACUGUUUCUCUGCUUGUUUUAAAGAUAUCAGUGUGAUUUUGUUUCAUUUGCAACUGGAGACUAAAUGACACCAAGCAGAAUCUGCUGUUAGGUUAGAUUACAAGGACACUUUUUGAGAGACACAAAAACAUGCAGGCUACAUCUUCCAUCUAUUAUUUCCUGCUUGUCUCUCUAUGCGUUGAUUUUUUUCAAAACGAAACCAGUGCAACUCUUAGGAGGCAAAGGAGAAGAAUGCACUACAGAGGAUUAAGAAAGAGCUCCUCAGAAGGACGCAGGUCUCAGAGACAGCCAAGGAUGAAGCCUCCAGCUCCUGUUACUGUAAUACCUAGUAUACCUCUCAUUAAUAUUGAUGAUGGUGUUAUGGGAGUAUUUGACUCUCUCAUAGGUUUGGGUGGACAUGAAUCUAGUUACAGUGUCUUACCAGGAAAGCAGGGGCACUGCACAGCUAAUGGGAUGAUCAUGUACGAUAAAGCUGUAUGGUCCCCCGAACCCUGCAUUACUUGUCUCUGUUCAAAAGGAAAAGUGCUAUGUGAUACAACCAUGUGCCAUCCUCUGAAAUGUCACAACACUAUUAUACCUGCAGGAGAAUGCUGCCCGGUUUGUUCUGAUAUUGCCUCUUCUUUGGAUCCAAGUACUAUUUCAAUGGACGACCUAACUGAGUUGUCUGGUGAUUCUCCAGAACCCAAUGACCCUGGUGAUCCCGUUACACGGUCAUCAGCACAUACCCAAGGUGAAAAGGGUGAACUGAUUAGAACAGAAGGAGUAGAGUCGAAAGAGAAAGAGAUUCUUAGAACGAAGGAAGGGAAAAGAAAAAGAAAAGGCAAAAAAAGUCGAAAAAAGGCUUAUCGCAAAGAAGAGAAGCCUAUCACAAGAAAGGAUGAAGAAAGAAGACUAUCAUAUGAAGAGAAAGAACUACAAGCUGAAAAAGAAGAAAUAAAUAAAAUGGAAAAAGAAAGAAUGAGAGAGAGAGUUGAGGAACAAGAACUACAAUAUGAAAGCUACGAAGAAGAUGACAGUUUAAGAGGAAAUGCUUUCAGAGUGCCACCUCAUUUCCCAAUUCCUGUUCCACCCAUAGAAACUUCUUUGCCAUCCGGAUGUUCCAUGCUGGACUCCACAGUAAGCUGUAUUAAUGCCAAACUUACACAAAUACCACCAAUUGCAGAUCCAGAUUUAACAAGUCUAGACCUUACAGGAAAUAUUAUCACUACCAUCUCAGAUGAAGCAUUCAAUGGGAUACCCAAUUUGGAAUGGAUUGACCUGAGUAAGAAUAAUAUUACCUCUCCUGGCAUAGGUCCACAAGCAUUCAAAAUCCUGAAAAAGCUAAAACGCUUGUAUUUGGAUGGAAAUAUGCUGGUACAUAUUCCCUCUGAAUUACCAUCAACUUUGGAAGAAAUAAAAAUAAAUGAUAACCACCUUCAUGCCAUUGAUGAAGACACCUUACAAGAUUUAAAGAACUUGGUCACCUUGGAAUUAGAAGGAAAUCAGCUUAGCGAAGCAAACGUCAGUCCUUUGGCCUUCUACCCUUUGAAAAGUCUCUCUUAUUUGCGCCUGGGGAGAAAUAAGUUUAGAAUUAUCCCACAAGGCCUUCCCACGUCAAUUGAGGAGUUAUACCUUGAAAAUAACCAAAUUGAAGAAGUGUCAGAAAUUUGCUUUAACCAUACAAGAAACAUAAACGUCAUUGUGCUAAAGCACAACAAAUUAGAAGAAAACAGAAUAGCACCUUUGGCUUGGAUAAACCAAGAGAACUUGGAAUCAAUUGAUCUCUCUUAUAAUAAGUUAUAUCAUGUUCCCUCCUAUCUGCCAAAAUCUUUACUACACCUGAUACUUAUAGGAAACCAGAUUGAAAGAAUUCCAGGAUAUGUCUUUGGUCAUAUGAAGCCCGGACUGGAAUAUCUCUACCUGUCCUUUAACAAACUUAACGAUGAUGGAAUAGAUCCCGUAUCGUUUUUUGGAGCGUAUCACUCUCUGAGAGAGUUGUUUCUGGAUCACAAUGAAUUAAAGUCUGUGCCGUUUGGAAUUGAAGAAAUGAAAAAAUUACGUUUUCUAAGGCUUAACAACAAUAAAAUAAGGACAGUCCCUCCAGAACGCAUCUGCAGGACUCAUGCCAGUGAUGAUAAUGACAACAGUGAAGAGGAGGAAGAUGGAGAUUCACGUUUGGAACACGUUCAUCUUGAAAACAACUACAUCAAUACAAGACAGUUAUCACCACAUGCGUUUUCGUGCAUAAGAUCUUAUUGCAGUGUUGUUCUUAAGCCACAGAAGAUCAAAUAAACACCCACAUUUUGCACUGAAAGCCCUAUCUCUAAAAAAUUAGCUUUACUUAUUCUGUUACUAACGGCUCUUAUUUCUGAUUUAAACCCUUCUUACUACUAUAAAUAAGAUACAGUAUAUUAUUUAACAAAGUUAGUACUCUAUUUCCCAAUACAGUUUCAUUAUACAAACAUUAAACAACAAAAUAUGAGCUCAAGACUAUCCCAUAAACUGUAAUUUAAUAUCUAAGUACAAUGUAUCAAACUGUGCCCCCAGUUACACCUUUACAGGGUGAGACUUCAGAAAAGAAGAAUAUAACUAAACACUCAACUUGGUCCUGUCUAUUUUGAUUUUCUGAAUUUAAAACACUUCAAAAUGAUAACAUAUUUUAAAAUGAUACAUAUAAAAGACUUCAAACCAUAAAUAUUCUGAUAGUACAAUCAAAUGUAUUAAAAAAUGGAUGGUACUGGAGAAACUUUACUACCAAAAAUCUUGCAGUGAUAAAUUCUCUUCCAAUGAAAAUUUUAAGGAAAAAAUGUUUAAAAAAUGCAUCCAGACAGAAAUUAAUUCCGCUAGCUCUUCAGAUUCUGCGCUGAAACACUAGACAUUUUCAGUCAGCUUUCCAAAACAAACAAACCACACUAUGUUUGAAAUAAUUUUUAAACAGAGAGAGUGGUAGGCCCCAUUCACAUGUACAAUUUAUAGCAUGCUCAAAUGUUUAUAUUGUGUAAGAUAUCAACAGGAUCACAUUGCCUAUUUUAAUUCCCUCUUACAGCUGUUAGUGGACAUCUGAAAGUUUCUAGAUAGUCAUAAAUCACCACUGCAGAGGCUAUAUUUAUAAAACAGUUUCAGUCACGUAUUUGAUGUUAAUGGCUCAAAUCAAACUCCAGUUCUCUAGAAUGGCAUUCAGUCAUUUGAAAAUAUUUUAAAAAUACCUGAGCUCAGAUGAAAAAAACAUUUUUAAUAUUCCACUUCGGAGGAAGCUGGAGUCUAGUAAAAAUGAAACCUAUAAGCUUUCUGUAUUACUGGCAUUUCCCCCAUUGAUCUUAAUGUUGCAUUCUUUCUCUAAAAUCAUUUAGAAAAUAGGAGGACUUAGUUUCCUAGUUAGUAUUUUUCUUUUAGAGAAUAAUCUCAAUAAAAAAUGAAAGUCAUUCUAAUAUAUUUCAUAUUUAUUAAAUUCUAUAGUACUUUCUCAUAAGAGUAGGAAAUGAUUACAGAUGACUGGCAAUUAAUUUUUCAGACAAUUACUUUCCACUUUUUCCUAACUUUCUGUGAUGUAUAAAAGAAUUUACUGUUUUCUCCAGGAGGUACACUGCCUAAUCAUUUCUUCUUCAGAACGGAUGGGAACAAAGGAUGAAAUGGCUCAAUACAGGGAUUGACUUUUUAAGUGCUAUAAUCAACUGCACACCAUAAAACCCUCCAAUGAUACCUAUCAACUACUCAACCAUAAUUUUGUUGCCCUCACUCUGAAAUUGAAGGUUUCAUGAUGCAUUUUCCACAUAGCCCCAUGUACUGCCAACAACUAUGUCAUAUAAUCAGCACAAACAUACUGUUCAGACAACAUAUAACCAUGAAAGACGAAAAAAUUUUCAGCACAGUAUAAUGGACAACACACAGCGAUGCAACAGCUGAAUUCUGUUUUCUCUGAAAGUAGACAAUCACCAUAAAAUCACAAUUCCACUGUUCUAUGUCAAAGUCUCUCUUACUCAAAUAAACUAUUACCUGUAAGGUACAAUGGUACUUUAUCUGCAGUAAGUCAAAAUAUAAUGCAUUUCUUGUAAGAAAAAAUCCUGAGGUACGUGGACUUCUGUAAAAAGAUCGCUUUGGAUAUUUUGUUUGGUAAAAUACGGUCAUAAAACAUACAGUAAUGAUUCUGUAAAUUUGGUGAAGAAUGGUCAAAUCAAGAGGCUGAGUUUAGACAUACGACAUUCUGUUUUAGAUGGUUUGAUUUCACUGUUUGUCCAUUCACAACAUUUGAAUCAUUUCUUCUCUAUAAUUUUGGCUAAUAUAUCUCCGUCUGUUAAACACCAUUAAGAUCCCAACUACUUUUUUGACAGAGUAAAAAGAGCUAAGUUAUUAAAGAGAUGCUUUUAGUUUAUUGCUAACUAACUUCAGACUUACUCCUGCAGCACUGCUGAGCAGUGCUUUCAGAAAUGCGACUGUACUAAGUGUUUUGAAUGUACAGACUGACUCAAGGGAGGAUUUCCAGGUAAACAAGCUUCUGUAUU